AUGCAUUACCGGAUCCCUGCUAGCAUUGAAGACCAAGACUACAGUGGCAUUGAGAUAGCACCCAGAGUUCUUUGCCAUCAGCAUGGUGUGGCGGCUGAGAGGCGUGUAGCAUUCGAAGCAUUUAACACGGGCAAGAGGUUCUUAGUUUGUCCUAAGAGUGAAGAUGACAACUGUGGUAUUGUUCUCUGGGUUGACCCAGAGUGGCCUCCUACAUUGCAGAAUGCCUUGUUGAAGCUAUGGGAAAUGUAUCAUGACAGCAAGAGUGAUAGGAGGAAGGAUAACCUGGAGAGUUCACUCACUAUUCACCAUUUGAUUGAAGAAAAAAAUAAUCUAGAGGCCAACUAUGACAAAUUGGUUGAGGAUGUGCACCAAUUGUUCAAUGCUCAAGAGGAUAGGAUGGUAGAUUUCAGCUAUUUGCAGGCUAAGAUGCAGAAUGUGCAUGUUUCUGAUUCAGUUGUAUCUGACAUGAAGACAGAGAUGGGGAAGAAAGAUGCAGAGAUCUUCAAGCUGCAGGAGAAGUAUAAAGUACUGAUGAACCUGACACAAUCUCAAGGCACUUGCAUCAGGAACCUGAAGUUCAAUCAUCUAAAAGAGAAGGAAGUGCUUAGUACAUCCACCAGGAACCUGCAAUUCCAGGUUGAUGAACUCAAAAAAUCUGAGGAAAAGCUCAUCCAGGAGAACACCCAGCUGCUCCUUCACAUGGGUGAUCUCAAGAAGGGGCAUGACAAGCUCACAGCAAGGAGGGAUCAGCUAAAGAUUUAG